UGGUAUUGCUGAAAAGAAUGGGUGUCAUUUUAAAUGCUACGAUAAACUUCUUACGUACGACUAAAAUGGCUACACUGUCAGUCAAGAGACUGUCUGCGGAGGAGGAGUAUCCCGACCUGAGUCAACACAACAAUCACAUGGCCAAAGUCUUAUCCUUGGACGUAUUCAAGACAAUCCGAGACCGAACAACACCCAAUGGAUUCACCAUAGAUGGUGUCAUUCAGACGGGAGUGGAUAACCCUGGCCACCCGUUUAUCAUGACAGUGGGCUGUGUGGCUGGAGAUGAGGAGACGUAUGACGUCUUCAAGGAGCUGCUUGACCCUAUCAUUGAGGACAGACAUGGAGGAUACAAGCCCACAGACAAACACAAGACUGAUCUGAACCCUGAAAACUUGAAGGAUGGGGAUGACCUGGACCCCAACUAUGUCCUGAGUUGCAGAGUCCGUACUGGCAGGAGCGUCCGUGGGUUCUGCCUGCCUCCCCACUGCAGCCGUGGAGAGCGCCGUGCUGUUGAGACACUCUCAAUCGAAGCAUUAAGUUCAUUAGAUGGGGACCUGAAAGGCAAAUACUAUGCUCUGAAGAACAUGACAGAUGAAGAGCAGCAGCAGUUGAUUGAUGACCACUUCCUCUUUGACAAGCCGGUCUCUCCCUUGCUGCUCUCUGCUGGCAUGGCCCGUGAUUGGCCUGAUGGCAGGGGAAUCUGGCACAAUGACAACAAGACUUUCUUGGUCUGGGUCAAUGAAGAGGAUCACCUACGAGUAAUUUCCAUGCAGACAGGUGGAAACAUGAGGGAGGUCUUCAACCGCUUCUGCACUGGCCUCACCAAGAUUGAGGCCCUGUUCAAACAGAAGGGCUGUCCUUUCAUGUGGAAUGAGCACUUGGGCUAUGUGCUGACUUGCCCCUCUAACCUGGGCACUGGCCUACGUGGUGGAGUACACGUCAAGCUGCCCAACCUCAGCAAACAUGACAAAUUUGAGGAGGUGCUGAAGAGGCUGAGGCUCCAGAAACGUGGAACAGGUGGUGUGGACACUGCAGCUGUGGGCGGAACCUUUGACAUCUCCAAUGCUGAUCGUUUGGGCUUCUCUGAGGUGGAGCUGGUGCAGAUGGUGGUGGAUGGAGUCAAGCUGAUGGUGGACAUGGAAAAGAGUCUAGAAAAGGGCAGGUCCAUCAAUGACCUCAUGCCUGCUCAGAAGUAAAACAAUGCAGGACUCUCUUAUGCCCUCAACAUAUACAUGUUAUUUUUAUUUCAUUAAUUAUUUGUUUUUAAUUUAUUCAUAAUUAUUCAUGAGUAAUUACAUACAUUUUUAUGUAUAUUGCGAAAUACUUUGCUUCCAAGUGAGAUUUAGGCUUGACAAGUCUUCCCAUCGUUUUAUCUAGGAGGCUUGUAUCUUA